AGGGGGCGGGCAGUGGGGCCGGUGGCCUCCGGAGGCGUUUUCUCGGUUCAGACAGCCCCAAGCCUUGGUUUCAGUCGAUUAUCCGCCUCGAGUGAGCCGCUUGGUAGAAACCCAAGAGCGUGAAAAGUGCGUCAAGCCAUUUCAGACUCUUAGAGGGAGGCGAGUGUGAAUCAUUCGUAGUUGCCACGGUUUUGCGGGGGGCGUGGAGCAUGGAAGGUGCUGCGGAGGUGCUAGUCCUGGGAAGCCCAAGAUGGUGCCUUCGACGUAAUUCCUGCUUCUCUUCCUUUCCCGUGGAAUUUUGUGCUCCUGCAGGGAGACCUCUUCAGGGAAGAUGUGCCAGGACCUACCGGGGUGGGGUGGAGAAGUACACUCAAGCUGCAGAGGAUGAGAGCCUCGGAACCAGCCACUGGUUUCAGUGGCUCAGUUUCUUUUGUUUACAGUUAAUUUUUCUGGAAACUAGGAGUGUCUGUUGUGUUUGGAAGGACCUUCCACAAUGGUGCCUUGCUGGUUCCAACGUUAAGACUUAUAGUGCUUGUGAAACUGAACACUACAAAAAUAUGGAUAUGGGAAACCAACAUCCUUCUAUUAGUAGGCUUCAGGAAAUCCAAAAGGAAGUAAAAAGCAUAGAACAGCAAGUAGUCGGCUUCAGUGGGCUGUCAGAUGACAAGAAUUACAAGAAACUGGAGAGGAUUCUAACAAAGCAACUUUUUGAAAUAGACUCUGUAGAUACCGAAGGGAAAGGAGACAUUCAGCAAGCUAGGAAGAGGGCAGCACAAGAGAUAGAGCGUCUUCUCAAAGAGUUGGAACAGAAUGCAAACCACCCACACCGGAUUGAAAUACAGAACAUUUUUAAGGAAGCCCAGUCCCUCGUGAGAGAGAAAAUUGUGCCGUUUUAUAGUGGAGGCAAUUGCGUAACUGAUGAAUUUGAAGAAGGUAUCCAGGAUAUCAUUCUGAGGCUGACACAUGUUAAAACUGGAGGGAAGAUCUCCUUGAGGAAGGCAAGAUAUCACACUUUAACCAAAAUCUGUGCAGUGCAAGAGAUUAUUGAAGACUGCAUGAAGAAGCAACCUUCCCUGCCGCUCUCUGAGGAUGUGCAUCCUUCUGUUGCCAAGAUUAAUGCCGUGAUGUGUGAGGUGAACAAGGCCAGAGGCACUCUGAUCGCACUUCUGAUGGGAGUGAACAGUAAUGAGACUUGCAGGCACUUAUCUUGUGUGCUCUCAGGCUUGAUUGCAGAUCUGGAUGCUUUAGAUGUGUGUGGGCGUACAGAAAUCAGAAAUUAUCGGAAGGAGGUAGUAGAAGAUAUCAACAAAUUAUUGAAGUAUUUGGAUUUGGAAGAGGAAGCAGACACUACCAAAGCAUUUGACCUGGGACAGAAUCAUUCCAUUUUAAAAAUAGAAAAGGUCCUCAAGAGAAUGAGAGAAAUAAAAAAUGAACUUCUCCAAGCUCAAAACCCUCCUGAGUUGUACCUGAGCUCCAAAACAGAAUUGCAGGGUUUGAUUGGACAGUUGGAUGAGGUAAGUCUAGAAAAAAACCCCUGCAUCCGGGAAGCCAGGAGAAGAGCCGUCAUCGAAGUGCAGACGCUGAUAACCUACAUUGACUUAAAGGAGGCCCUAGAGAAAAGGAAGUUUUUUGCUUGUGAGGAGCACCCAUCCCAUAAAGCAGUCUGGGACGUCCUUGGAAACUUGUCAGAGAUCCAAGGGGAAGUUCUUUCAUUUGAUGGCAAUCGAACUGAUAAGAACUACAUCCGGCUGGAAGAGCUGCUCACCAAGCAGCUGCUGGCCCUGGACGCUGUGGAUCCACAAGGAGAGGAGAAGUGCAAGGCUGCCAGGAAGCAGGCAGUGAAGCUUGCCCAGAAUAUUCUCAGCUAUCUCGACUUGAAAUCCGAUGAAUGGGAGUACUAAAAUACCAGAGAUCUCACGUUUGAUAUUGCUUGUUUUGCACUUUAUAUAUACUUCUAUGUAUUUAUAGAGAGCUUUCAGUUCAUUGAGCCUAAAUGUGAUUUAUACAUGCAUAUUUCAAUCUCAGUAUUUAUGAUUUAAGCAAAUUACAGUAUCUGCUGCUUUUGAUGUUGCAAAACAAAUAUCAUUACAGCACAUUAACUUUUCCAUUUGGAUCAUUA